AUGAAAAACCGCUGGUUGUGGCAAAUCCUGCCACUGGCGCUACUCCUGCUGCUGCAAGCCUUCCUAGUUGACUGUUAUGAUCAAACCGAUGAUUUAUUCUCCACGAUAGAUGCUGUACAUGAAUCCCAGACGCCAUUCGUCCAGUCCUCAAGCCGGUCUGAGGACGCUCAACUCCCACUGGGCCAAGAACGCGUCGAACAUGCCCUUCGAAUCCUCCGAGACUCCAAACUCUCCGUCGUCGCCCCGGACACGAAACCCUCCGGUCUGGUGGGGUACGCCUGGUACUAUGCCCAGGAAGCUUUCCGGAUCCUCUUCAUGAACGCACCGAGCUCAUCGUCGGACGGUUACCACGCUCCCAAGCAAAAGAUUCACCCGGAUGUCGCUAAAGCCGUGCACGAGCUCACGAUCGCCGCGGAGGAGGCGCACAACCCGGACGCGAUGUUCCUGCUCGCGGAGAUGAACUUCUACGGCAACUUCACGCACUCGCGCGAUUUCCAACGGGCCUUCCACUGGUACCAGGCACUGGCGUCUGCCACGGGCAACAGCACCGCCCAGUAUAUGCUGGGGUUCAUGUACGGCACGGGCGUGGGCGGCUCCGUCGAGCGCGACCAGGCCAAGUCGCUCCUGUACCAUACCUUUGCGGCGGAGGCCGGCAACACCCGGUCGGAGAUGACGCUGGCGUACCGUCACCAUCAGGGCGUCGGGGCCCCGCGCGACUGCGACCAGGCGACCUAUUACUACAAACAGGUGGCCGACAAGGCGAUCGCGUAUCUCCGGUCCGGCCCGCCGGGCGGCCAGAGUAUGAUCCGUGAGUCGUACCGGUGGGCGGACGAGGAAGGUGGCGUCUACGGAGAGGGCGCCAGUGUGUCGACGGCGGGGUUGCGAGAUUCGGCGCACUCGGGAGCCGACGCGAAUUUGGAGGAUGUCCUUGAGUAUCUGGAUCUGAUGUCGCGCAAGGGCGAGCUGAAGGCCACGUUCAGUCUGGGCAAGAUGUACUACGAGGGCGGGCGGGGCUUGCCGCGCAAUUUCCGACGGGCGAUGCGGUAUUUCAAGCAGGUCACUCGGCGGUAUUGGAAUCAAGAUGGCUCCGUGAACCCAAACCACCCCCAGGGAAUCGAGAAGUUGGCGGCGAAGGCGGCGGGUCAUGUUGGACUGAUGUAUCUGCGCGGGGAAGGCGUGGAGCAGAAUUUCGCGACGGCGUCCAGCUGGUUCCGGCGGGGACUGGCCAACGGCGACGCGCUAUGCCAGCAUGAACUUGGCUUGAUGUACCUGCAUGGGUAUGGCGUGACGCCGGACGCUUUCCGGGCGGCCUCGUACUUCCGGUCGGCGGCGGACCAGGACUUUCCGGCGGCCGAGACGAGACUGGGCGCCCUUUUCUUGGACCAAGGGGACGUCCCGACCGCUACUAAGUACUUUGAAUUGGCGGCCCGAUGGGGUUCGAUGGAGGCGUUCUAUUAUCUCGCCGAACUGUCCAACAACGGGGUCGGCCGCAAGCGGCACUGCGCGAUGGCGGCCUCGUAUUACAAGAUGGUGGCGGAGCGAGCGGAGGCCAUCCAUUCUUCGUUCGAGGAGGCCAACACGGCGUAUGAGAACGGGGACAAGGAGCGGGCGCUCAUCCCCGCGAUGAUGGCGGCGGAGCAGGGCUACGAGCACGCGCAGUCGAAUGUGGCGUUCCUCCUGGAUGAGCAGCGCUCGCUGGUCUCGCUGGAUUCGAUCCUCCCGGGAGCAGCCAAGAAGAGUCGACCGGCCCUACUCCGCAACGCCGCGCUGGCUCUAAUCUACUGGACGCGGUCGGCCAAGCAAGCGAACAUUGACUCCCUGAUUAAGAUGGGCGACUACUAUCUUAGUGGUACUGGCAUCGCGGCGGACGCCGAGAAGGCCUCGACCUGCUACCACACCGCCGCGGAAGCACACUACAGCGCUCAAGCGUACUGGAAUUUGGGGUGGAUGCACGAGAACGGUGUGGCGGUCGACCAGGACUUCCACAUGGCGAAGCGGUACUACGAUCUGGCGUUGGAGACCAGCCCCGAGGCUUAUUUGCCGGUGAAGCUGAGUUUGUUGAAGUUGCGGAUGCGGGGGUAUUGGAAUUGGCUUACGAAUGGGGAUAUCAAUCCCAUCCAAGAAGAAGAGGCAGCCAAGCCCCACCGCACCUUCAAGGAGUGGAUCGCCGCAUUCAUUGAAAAUGACGAAGAAGAGGAAGCCAAUUACCGUGCUCAGCUGUACAAACGGGGUGAGGACGAGGAGGACGAUCUGAUGUCGGCGGGGCGCGGGUUGGAUGAGCGCCAUAACCACGAGGACGGCUACUAUGAUGAUCUGGACUUGGAUAUCGAUGAGAGCGUGCUGGAGGGACUGAUCAUUGUUGGGUUGGCGGCGACCUUGUUGAUACUGGUGUAUAUGCGACAGCAGCGGAAUCGCCAGAGACAAGAUGGUGGGAACCUGGCUGUGGCUGGUGGCGGCAAUGGCAAUGGGAUUGGAAAUGGCAACGGGUUUGGCAAUGGCAAUGGCAAUGGCAAUGGCCUUGGGGAUCGGGGGUUCUUCCCUCGACCUGGCAAUCCAGAGUUCGCGCAAUGGGCGGCGGGGGGAUUGUGUUGUUACAUUGCAUUUCUUCUCCUACGCCUCUCUGAUGACCUGAGCCUAGAGCCUACAACGGACUACACUCCAUUCCAGUCUAAUACACAGACGAAGAUGAGCGGGACCAACAAACGUCGUCGUCUCAACCCCUCACCGUCCUCCACCUUGACCAAGCCGUUCAAGUCCCCUCUCCGCAGACCUGCCCCUGCUACAGAAAGUCUAGAUGGGGCGGUACAGCUGCAGGUACAGCUGCAGCAACAACAAACACAAUCCAGUACCAGCCCAAGCAACAGCAUAAACCCCACGCCCACCAAAUCUUUAACGCGACCACGUCCACGCCCACGCACCCUCUCCAAACCCGGCAUCCCCCAAACACCCCAAAAACCCACCCCCCUUCCGGUCCCUUCUUCGCCCACAACAACCGAGCUCUCCUCACUAACAACCCAAAGAGCCACCCUCCUCGCGCACCUCCACGCCCUGACCGCCGAGUACGACACUCUCCAACAGGCCCGCCGCAUCGAAACCCAAAACAAAACCGUCGAGCUGGAGCGGUUGAUUCACAAGUGGAAGGAGGUCAGCCAGCGCGCCGCAGAGGAGGUGUUUCUGGGGGCUAGGGAGCGGGUAAAUCGGAUGGGGGGGUUGCAGGCCCUGAAGUCGGGGAAUGGGUCCGGGGCGGGGUCGGGGUCUUGGGGAUGGGAUUGUGAGGAUCCUUCUACUUCUCUUUCUGCUGGGUUGCAGGGGCGAAGGCAGAGCUGGGAGGGGGAUUAUGAGGACGCGAUUGGAGGUGAAGAGAAUAGGGCUGGGAAGGAGGGGCGGGAUCACGAUGACGAUGAAGAGCAGGAGCUUACGAUGGGAGUCAUGCUGAAGAUGAUGAAGAUUGAGUUCGGGAUUAUUGGGUAUGAUGUUGAGAGGGAGGGGUGGGUUACUUAG